AUGUCGUCGCAGGACCUCAUCCGCCUGCGCGUCUCCGUGCAGCGCCAUGGCGUGCCCGAGGUCAAGCUCAUCUGGCCUUGCGCCCGCUCCCACGACUUGACCGUUUCCAAGUUUCUUUCCCAGAUCAACGAGGUGAUGCCGCUCGAGAGCGGCGAAUGGGGCCUCGAAGAUUACGUUGUGGAGCUUGCCGACGGCACUGGUGGAAGCUACGAAUGCCUUCAUUUUCAACCCGUUCCGCACAUCCUGAAGAAUGAUGACCACAUCUUAAUUCGCUGUCUUCACGGCGAAGAUCUCAAGCGACGCCGCCUCAGUGGCCGCCAUCAAAUUUCCGCCGACGGCAGACACCUCGUCGACGGCCUCGUGUUUGGCAGGCCUUGGCUCAGGACCCCGCGAGAUCGCCCGGCCCUCGACCUGCCUCCUCGCAAGCGAGCUCGUACCGCGCGCGACUGCGGCGGCAACUAUGACUUCGAUGACCAAGACGAACUACCUGAUACUCCACAGCCACGGCUACUUCUGGAGCGUGCCCAGCAAGACAUGAGCAGUGACGACAUGCUUGCAGAGGGCUCAGAUGACUCGGACGAAUAUCUGGAUGAAGAAUUCGACGAGGAUCUAGACGAAGAGCUCGAACAAGGUCUGGACAAAAAAUGCGACGAGGAUGUGGACGAAGAAUUCGAUGAUGCGUCGGGCGAGGACCAGGACGAGGUAGCCGAGGAACUGGGUCACCUUAGAAACGACAACAUGGCUGUCGGCCAUGUCAUGCCUGCGAAUGGUCCGGGAAACACGUCGGACGGUCAGGUCAUCGAGGCGCCAGCCCCAACUGCGAACGGCCUAGAUCUCGGAGCACUGGAUGGAAUCGUGGCUCUAAGGGCAGCCUUUCCUCAGACACCCGUUAUUGCCAUUGAGGCAGAGCUUCUCCGGCAACACAAAGACCUCCGCAAGGCGUACGACGCUCUGAGUGGCUCUCACGAGCCCGCUCUUGGUUUCGACGACGUGAUGGCAAAUGCCGUCAUCAGGCUCUUCUUUCCCGGACACCAGCCGAGCUCGGGAAGCCCCGACCAUCAAUCCGCUCGCCAGAUGUCUAUCACCUCGCGACCCUUGAUUCAGGUUGUCGAGAGCAGCGACGGGCCAGAAGAUGCAGCCGUCGCAAUGGCACCACCAGAUACCCAUCCGCCAUUGGGCGCUGGUACAGACCAGGGGCUACGCGAUUCCUCAACUGGUGAGGAUGCAGAUAGGGGCACGGAAAACACGGAGUAUACUGCCUCGGACAUUGGUGCCUCGGACGAUACAUCCUCAGAUGGCACGGACUCGUCCAGCGACUUAUCCAGCUCGAGUGACGAUGACGAGAGUAGCAGCGACGAGAGCGACAGCGAUUCCGAUUCCAGUGAGGAUAACCUUGGCGCUCCGAUCGGCACGCAGUCGAGCCACGAUGACGAGAGUAGCAGUGACUCUAGCAGCAGCGACGGGAGCGAAAGCGAUUUCGACUUGAGCAACGACGGCACUGGCGCUUCGGUUAGCCGGCAAGCGACACAAAAUACGUGCCGCGAGGGAGCGCAAGGUCACAAGGAAGCAUCAGACGUGCCGCCUGGUGCGCCAUCUGGCCGCACAAAGACGCAGAAACGGAACGCUCGCAGAAGGAGGAGCAUGGCCCGGAUAAGUGCUGACAAGCGCCGGAUUGAUGAUGAGGUGGACCUGGCCAAAGACAGCCAACAUGUCCAGGCGACCCAAGACGACGACGGCGCAGAGGAGACCAAGAAUGGGGACGCUCCCAGCACGACACCUGACCGACGGCGGUCGCGUGUCGAUCUGGGCGCCGGUCGGCGACUGCUCUUUGGUUCUCUCGGACUCAAGGCACCCAAGACGCGGGCCGAUGAGGAGAAAAUCAAGCAGGGGUUGAUGAAGGACGUUCGGCCGCUGAACAACAUGCGGCUCACGGAGGGCCAGAAGGCCAGUGAGGAUGCCUCGGUUGCAUCAGGUUGCGACAUUGAAGACUGGCGGCAAAGGGUGACGUAUCGCGCCGUCGAGUGCAGCCACCAAGGCAUGGUGCUGAGCGAGCCCCCCUUUCCGUUUGAGCAGCGCUGGGACCCGCAACAACGAGGCAGAGCCUGCCGGAAGCGGAAGCGCACGUCGCAAGAGUUUGUCGAAGACUGGUACGGGGACGACGACUCGGGGCUUUACAUGGAGGAGGACGUGGGCCAGACGAAGAGGAUCAAGAGCCUGAUGAGCGACCACUUUGGGCUGGGCGCAGUGGGCGAGGACGAGGCGCCCGGGAAGACGCCGAGUUCGGAGACGGAGGGCCGCAACGCCGCAGGGACCACGGCCCAGGCAGAUGAUGUCCCCUCGCUGCCGGCCGAUGUCGGCAGCCUCGCCGACCUGGAGGCUGGCGGGGCUAAGGACGGCAUGGUGAUUACGUGGAAGCAAAUUGUCAUGUCCAAGGCGACGAGGUGGCAGCCGAUGGUAGUUCAGCAGACGGGCACGGUGCUGCGCGGCAGCGACGAGACGAACCUUUACGUGCUGCUGGCGAUGCGGGACCGCGAAGACAGGAGCAAGAUGUUCGACGAGGCGGGGAAGCGAAUCUACGACAAGUUCGAGAUGCCGGACGCGGACAGCGGCGACGAGGGUGAGGACGAUGGCGAGAGGAUGGUUUCGUGGGCGGAGAUGACGGAGCCCAAGAUUGUGCGGAUGCCGGAGGAGAAGUAG